CGGAGACCUCGACCAUGACAACUUCGAUCUAUGCGAUCCUAGUCUUGUCCGUGCUUUUUGCCAAGUCGUGCGCAUUUGUUCCUCAGCAAGCUCAAGGAUGGCUAAAGAGAAGCCAGGAAGUCACAUAUCCACUGCAACUAGCUGGAAAGGGGUUCGGAAAGAACAGCAUUCCCAAUGAAGAAUCCGUUGCCAGUAAUUCUGAUUUUGAAACCAGCCAACUUUCGUCUUCCGACCCAUUGUAUGGGAUGAGCGACGAACGCAAAGCAAAUCUUUUUCAGUUUCUAUUGCGCGACUUGCAAGUUGAAGGAGCACCUUUAUUAAGCGUGGAUUCGGUUGAUUUCCACACGCUGCAAGCUGCGUUGUGGACGACCUUGGCGGAGCUCAUGGAGUCCGAUGAUUCGAAUAAGGCUUGUCUCAUCUUUGAACAGAUUCCGAUCCCAGCGUUGAAAUCCCUGGUAGACGGUAUUCUGGUGCUGAAAGAACAGCCUCGAUUGAUGGCUUCGCUACCUGAGUUGGAACGGUUCAAUGUUUCUCUUGUUGGCAAAGGUGUUGGGCCUGCAAUUUUGUUGGAAGUUGGCGGUCGGAAUGAAACGAAUCCAUACGAAAACUCGAUCGCUACGGUAUCCCCUUCACAAACGACGGCUGCUAUGAAGAUGUUCGUCGAUCGGAUAAAUUCGUACUUGUAUAGUGCACGAGACGUCUCCGAUCGAUUGGAAAGCAUUGCUCCCGUGCCCGUCGAAUACCGAUCGUGCGCCUUUUCCGAAGUUUGCCACAUCCUGUCGGCUUUUUGGAACAGCGUUUGUGAAAUACAGACAACACCGUCCGACCAGCUGCAAUCCAUCAUGCUGUCGUUUCCCGCAACAAACGCGGCGGACCACGAGCGAUUUGUUGCCGUUGCGGAAGUCGUAAGUCGAAGUCUGUCGGUAUAUCACCGAAACAUUGACGGCGACAACGAGAAUUUACUCGAAAUACAGCAUUUUUCGCCUGCUUACGAUAGAGAUGAGGUCUCUAGCAACAACGAAGUGGCGGAUGGGCAUUUACCACCGACAUCUUGGUUGCAGGCCAUGCUUCGGCAUACGGAUCUGGAAGAUGAAAAUAGAGUCAAAGCACAGCUUGUGAUCAAGUCCAAUUUUCAGCGCCGGGCGCCCAUAAACUCUGUCUGUAUCAAACGUUCCGAUUCCGUAGAUGGUAAGAUGGACGAAACGAAGGGUAUCACGGAACUGACACUCGAGAACGGCGGCGGGAAAAAGGUCGUUCCGGCGAGCAUCGUUCUUCGGUACGCCUGGAAUGCAGUAGCAAUGAACAAACAGGAUCAAGAGGAUUUGCGACAAGCUCUAGAAAAGGAAAUAGAGAUUGCCAACCGGCAGUAGAAUGAUUGACAGUUAAUCAACAAAAGCCAAGGUUGAUUUGGAAGAGAAAAAACCUUACGCGCAGAUGGAGCGUUGCAGCAGCUACAAUCGAAACCUUGGUACCGAGAGUAGAAAUUUAGACUACAUCAAUGCAAGAGGCUAGGCUUCUACGUCUCUGUAUAUAGUGCUGCAGUCGAGGGCUUG